UUAUCUUCAUCUUUAACUCUAAGACUUAGGAACAUAUUCAUGCUGUCAUCUCUCUGACUCACAAACUAAAUCAACAGCACCCUUCACACACUCACAGCUAGCAGACUCAUUUCACUGCACAGCUAAUUCAUGGCGGACAGAAAGGAAAGCAAGACCCCCAGUAAAGGUGGUCUGAUAAAGAAGAAAGAAAAGAAAGUCGAGAAAGUAGAGAGUAAAUCUGAAAAGGAGAAAGAAAAGAACAAAUAUAAAGGUGAAAAGAUGACAAAGAAGCCAGAGAAGAACCCAGAAAAUCAGCAAAAAAAUGAAGAAAUGCCUAAAAAAAAUGAGGAGAUGCCUAAAAAAAAUGAGGAGAUGCCUCAAGGAAAUGGGGAGGUAGCAGAAGGAGCCAAACACCCUGUCAAAGAUGAGGAGUUUGAGCUGGAGCCUAUGGAGCUGCCUCCAUUUGAGAUCAUUGUAGGAGACAGAAUGAACCCGACCUUCUUUAAGUUCCAAUUUAGAAAUGUGGAAUAUUCCUCUGGGCGCAACAAGACCUUCCUGUGCUACCAGGUAGACAUUCAAGGAGGCGCAGGAGAGACAGAUGGCCUUCGCGGUUACCUGGAGGAUGAGCAUUCGGGUUCACAUGCCGAAGAAGCCUUCUUUCAACAGGUGCUGGCCUAUUACGACAAGUCACUCCACUACACAGUGACCUGGCACAUGUCCUCAAGCCCUUGCGCAGCCUGCGCUACUAAACUCGUAGAGAUCUUGCGAGCACGCAAGACAAUGCGCCUUAUUAUCCACUGCUCCCGUCUCUUCCAGUGGGAGGAACCAGAGAUACAGGUCGGACUUCAGGCGCUAGUUAGGGCAGGGUGUAAAAUAUGCAUGAUGAGGCCUGUGGAUUUUGCGUAUGUUUGGUCUACUUUUGUUGAGAACGAGGAAGAUAACUUUACACCCUGGGAGGACUGUCAAGAUAACUAUGAUUAUUAUGAUGAGAGGUUGUGUGAUAUUUUAAAGUAGGGUAAGGAACCGCAGAUGGCUUCUGAUUAAGACUGUUAAAAUCAGCCUGGGCACUGUCUUUAAGUAAUUUUAGUACUUAAAAGCUAAUCAUUACAAUGUCUCUGUAAUUACAGCAGCAUUGAUUCCUCUGUCAACACAAUUUGUCCUGUUAAAUCACAUGGUUGACUUUAUUAACUGAUUUUAAACUUACAUAAAGAAUUCAAACCACACUUAUGUAUAGUAUUUAGAUCGGCAUCUCAAAUAUAUAGGUUAUAUUUUUAUUUCACUGAGUAUCAUUUUGAGAACAAUUUUAGAAUCUAAACAUCUGGGUAUAAAAUUUAAACAUGAAAUUCUAGUUAA